UCUUCAUUCCCCCUGAAAUCCGAGGAACACACUGAGUGCGCAUCUGGACUCACACUUGGCACAUCUGGACUCGCACUUCGCGCAGGAUUCCUCGUGCUCGGCUGCAUCCGGGCACCUCGCGUCUUUGUCUCGUUCUUUCUGUCAGCAACGGGACGACUCCCCGGGGGGCGGGCGGGGGGGAGAAGGAGCGCAGUUCAUGUCCUGGGAGGACGGAGACACACAACGCCUAAACCCGGACCUUGUCUCCGCUCCUGGUGUCCACCGCCUGGGACAGCAAAGGAUCCGCCGUGUCCACGUGUGACCCUCCUCCGAGCUCGAACCCCGGCAGUGUGACUGUAGAAGAUCUCAACCCUGGAUUCCAUACUCCUGAUCAAUGGACAGAACGUUUUUACCGCGCAGCCCAAGUACAGACACAACGUGAGCAGUCCAUACCCUCUGGUGGGAGCGCCCCCUGCUGGCUGGAGGGUGAUGGAGAGAACAAGCGAGAGCCCUCGGCGGCGGACCAGCCCGGAGCGGCGGCCCAGCAGCCCCGACCUUAGCGGAGCCCCACCUGGGAAAAUGAGCCGGCUGGAACUCAACGGCAGCCCGACGGGGCAACGGAUACCUCACAACGGCGCCCCCCUCAGGCCGCUUGGAGGUCUCAUGAUCCCUGUGUUCUGCGUGGUAGAGCAGGUGGACGGGGGUGUGGCCUCAGAGAGGGGCGUGGCCACAGAUGCUGAGUGGCGGGAGGAACAUGCUGAAUUCGUGUUGGUGCGCAAGGACAUCCCCUUUGCCCAGCUGGUGGAGACGGCUCUGCUGGCCCUGGGGUACUCGCACAGCUCUGCAGCUCAGGCCCAAGGCAUCAUCAAAGUGGGCCGCUGGAAGCCCCUGCCCAUCCGCUGCUUGACGGACGCCCCCGAGGCCACGGUGGCCGACAUGUUGCUGGACGUCUAUCACAUGGUCACCCUGCGCAUCCAGCUGCAAAGCUUUGCCAAGCUGGAAGACCUGCCGUCGGAGCAGUGGAACCACGCGACGGUGCGCAACGCCCUCAAGGAGCUGCUGAAGGAGAUGAACCAGAGCUCAUUGGCCAAGGAGUGUCCUCUAUCUCAGAGCAUGAUCUCCUCCAUCGUCAACAGCUCCUACUACGCCAACGUCUCCAGCACCAAGUGCCAGGAGUUUGGCCGCUGGUACAAGAAGUACAGGAAAUGUAAAGGGGAUUACUUAGAGAAGAUGUGGUCAGGACGGGAGAAAUCUGACAUCAAAGGGGAGCGGGACGGCCUCACGGAUUUCUGUGUACUUGGCCCACGUCCUCCACCUCACCUGGGGGGCGUGGCAUCGCUGGGUCCCCUGGGGGGCCUCGGGAAGGGGGACCCACUGCCUCCCACCCAGCUGUCACAGCAGCCAUCCGGGCAGCCCCAGAGCCACGGCCCACUUCAGCACAGCCCCCCACUGCGCCCCCAGGUUCCCCUGCUGGCCCCCGGGGGCCUCCUGUCCCCGCAACUCAGCCCCCAAUUAGUUCGCCAGCAACUGGCUAUGGCUCACCUCCUCAACCAGCAGCUGGCUGUCAGCCGCCUGUUAGCCAAUCAGCACCAGCCAGGCCUGAGCCAGCCCUUCCUCAGCGCCCCGCCCAUCCCCCGGACCCCUAAAGCCAGCGACCCAGGCGGCGUCCCCAGCGCCUCGGAGGUUUCGCCUGACAUCUACCAGCAGGUUCGCGAUGAGCUGAAAAGGGCCAGUGUCUCACAGGCCGUGUUCGCUCGCGUGGCCUUCAACCGCACUCAGGGUCUGCUGUCGGAGAUCCUCCGGAAAGAAGAGGACCCGCGCUCGGCCUCCCAGUCCCUGCUGGUGAACCUCAAGGCCAUGCAGAACUUCCUGAACCUGCCCGAGGCCGAUCGGGACCGCAUCUACCAGGAGGAGCGUGAGCGCAGCAUGAACCCCCAAGCGAGUCUGGUUUCCAACCCAACUGUGAACCCCUCGGGUUCCCGCCUCGCACAGAAGCCCAUGGGCCCCAGCUCCGAACUGCCUCUCAAGCUGGACACCCUAGUCAACAUCACUUCUUCCAUAUAUGAUGAAAUCCAGCAGGAGAUGAAGAGGGCCAAGGUGUCCCAGGCACUCUUCGCCAAGGUGGCUGCCAACAAGAGCCAGGGGUGGCUCUGUGAGCUGCUGCGCUGGAAGGAGAACCCCAGUCCAGAGAAUCGCACCCUCUGGGACAACCUGUGCACCAUCCGGCGCUUCCUGUCCCUGCCUCAGGUGGACCGAGACCUGGCCUACGAGGAAGAGUCUCGGCACCACCAUCACAAUGAAAGGUUGCACACCGUGCUUCAUCUGCCACCUGAGCCGCAGGCACUGUCUAGACAGCCAACCCAACCAUUGAAGGACCCCUCCCCCAUACAUGAUGACCCAUUGCCCGUGCCCCUGUCAAAUUCGGGAGGCAAAGAAGGGGUGUCAAUGGGAGGGAGCGGUGCAAAGAAGCCCCGCCUACGGACCAAGAUCUCUCUGGAGUCGCUGGGCAUCUUGCAGAGCUUCAUCCAGGACGUGGGCCUGUACCCUGACCAGGAGGCCAUCCAGACGCUGUCUGCCCAGCUGGAUUUGCCCAAACACACCAUAGUCAAGUUCUUCCAGAACCAACGCUACCACGUGAAGCACCAUGGUCGGCUGAAAGAGCACAGUGGGGGUGGCGGCGGUGUGGACGUCUCCGAAUACCGUGACGAUGAGCUGCUUUCCGGCUCGGAGGACGCAGAAUCCAGUGAGGAUGGGGGCGUCCAAGAGGAGCGUUACGGGUUGGAGUCUCUAGGCACAGCACCCACUCCACUGGAGCCCAAGGACAGGGCCCAUGUCCCGGCCCCCAGCCCAAACUGCCUGCCCUCUGGAAGCACCUCUCCCAGCCUGCGGGACGCUGGCGAGCACCAGAGAUAAUACCCCUGGAACAGGAAGGGGAUCCGGGUUUUACAGCAAACUGUUCCAGAGCCCCAAAGCAGAGAUGGGUGUUUGAGAGGUGGGUUAUGAACGAGGAAAGAGGUUUGAAGGUGGAGGUGGUGUGACGAGGGAGAGCACAUUACAUCCCAGAAGCUGGCGAGGGAGGCAUCGUAAGCUCAACAGAAGCUGAGACUGGGUGGGGAGGAUGGAGAUACCGCAGAAGUGAAGAACAUAGAUGGAACACGUGCCAGAGAGAGCGCCUCUAAGAGGAAGAGCUGUGCUUUGAGAAUGUGUUCAGGGAAGAAAGGGUCUGUAGAGAAGAUUCACCAGAUAGUAUCAUUCCCAGAGAACAGAUAGUUUGGACUUCCGUCCAUGCAGUGAUUCCUUCCGGCACUUCCUCUGCGUCGGGCAAAGUCCGCAAUGACUUGCUGCUUCUUUGUGUGUGAUGUGACUGGGCAUGAAUGGAAUGACUAUAAGGCAUGAUGUGUGGAGGGCAGAUCAAUGAGGCCUCCUCAAACACCAGAGCCCUGGUACCCCUCCUGAUUGUGGACCCACAUAGAGAGAGAUGAGUCUCCUUUCCGGUCUAAGAUGGAAAGAGAAGUUUUGACCCAUGAUCAAUAUUAAUUUCUUUCGAUGUACAGCCAUCAAAGGUCUCUCUCACCAUUCUGUAACUAUGGUGAUUAUGACAUUUGAAGGCACUCAGCCACACCUCCCACAUCAAAUCCUGCCCUCCUCCCCAUAAUGGGUGAAAUGCCUCAUCAUCAUGUCCUUCAGUCCUCAUAUGGGGAGACUUUGGCUCCUCAAUGUGCGAAAACCGAUGUAUGACCAGGAGCCCCCGUUCUGCACUUUAAACAGGUCUAGGGGGAAUGCAAAUGUGCAGAUUCAGCUCUCUAUCACCCUUAGCCGCAGAGAAAAUGGUCGUCAAACGUGCAUUGCUCUUACAGAUUCCUUCUGGAACGUUCUCUCGCCCGCUCCAUUCGCUCUCAACCCAGCUUUGCUGUCUUUGCACUUUCAUUCAAGUCGACACACAGAUACAGGAAGUCAGUUAGUUCCUCCCACGUCGGUUGACGUAUUGGGCAACGAGUGUUCUCCGAUGGGCUUUGUUGACAGCAGUGAUCUCAGCAUCAGUUCGUUCGAUGUUCACGGUCUUGAGGUCUUCUCGAAAGGUGGAACGCCACAUUUUCGAUGGUCGACCCUGUUUGCGCUUUCCCUUUGGCAGCACCCAGAUACAGCAAGGGCAGAUGUCAAAAGAGUACUAGAUGCCAGGACCCGAGGGACCACGGAAGAGCAAAACAGGAUCCUGAACUGUACGUUGAACGGGUCGUGGGGUUACGGGUUGGACCACUUUUGCUGAAGCGGACUGGAGAUUCACCGCUCUACUCCUGUGGUUCCACUGUGCAUUUUACACCUUUGCCUAAUGAUAAAAUACAAAAUGUAAACACACGCACAGAAAUCUGAGAGUGUAUCAUGUUCUUGUGCAUAUUUCUCGUUUUACAAGAUUCCUCUGUUGAGCUGAAACCGUUGCGAGGAGGUCCUCACACCCUCCCGUUGGACCACACGUGCCCCUACUCACUCCAAAGCCCUAUUUAUUGCUCUUUCUCCAUGGUUAUUAAUGCUUUUCUUGUUAACGUUAUCAUUAUUGUGGUCAAUGUUGUACGUUACUUCUUUUUAAUUUUCUCGGUCCACUCUUGGUUUUCGACAAGCGGCAUUUACUCCGAGUCAGAAAUAUGUGGAAAAGCUGUCAAAAUCAGGACGAAAAGAAGUUACUGAAGUUAUGAAAUCUCAGUAUUAUAGCAUAUGAUCUGUGGUAGUUUGUGUUUCCAAAUAACAGAACUGGAUGAGGAGAAAUAAUUAUUACAAAUACACAUUUUACAACGUGAAAGAAGAGUCGGUGCCAAUAUUAUACUUUUGAUUAGCAGAUAUUUUCCCGAAAGCAAUAUAUGUCACUUUUGGGUUAAAUUUGAUUUAGAAUCGUUGAGCUGUAUUUGGUCGAUAUCUCAAUUCAAAUAUUAUGUUGUACACAAGGGUGCCACAGCGGACCCCAAGAAGUACAGACUUUCAAAUUCCAGCUUCUUGACUGUUGGUCCACAAACUGAAAUGCGCACUCAUCAUUUUAUGUUCAUAUUUGCAGUUAGCGGUGACCAGAUGGAGCUGGAGUGGAAAAUGUUCAUAUUAUUAUUAUGUUUCUGAAUUUGUAAAAAAACAAAGAAAAUCUGACCUCACUUUAUGACAUAGGUCACCUUACAGAAUGAGGGUGGUGGCACUUUACUGUGGUUUACCAUAUAUAUGUGGAUGCCCAGUCUAAUGCUUUAAAAGACACUAUUAUUUUGUCUAAAAAAUUCAAUGGAUGCAGUUUUAUUUUUUGAAACGCAAUAAUAGUCAUUGUAAGGCAGCUCAGUAACAGGGCUGAGCUGCAUCAAAAAAGCCAAAAAAAACAUUGCGGCUGGCAGGAAUUACUAGGUAUAAAUUGUGUUCAAACUGCAGGGACUAUUACAUUUAUUAUUGGAGAUUUAAUGGUGAGUGUUUACUGACAAUAAACCUGUACAGACAUUUAGUUCAUGGUCUUAUGCUUUGUAACAACUUUUUAUGUUCAAGUAUGAAAGAGUGGGAAUUCAGGGAGCCUCUAAGGUAGAGAAGAACCAGUCUCACACACACUCUUUUUUCUCUUUUGUGUAGCUGUCAGUUUAAUUCCUACAAUUGUGGCUUUUCUUCAUUGACAUCUGAGCCUCUUAUGUUCAUGAUUAUUAUUAUUAUUAUUAUUAUUAUUAUUAUUAUUAUAUUUUUACUUUUUUAUUUUGUUGUCGCUGUGCCUCAGGUAGCAGUGUUUAAAGAUCCCACUCAACUAGAAGCACUUACACAGGUUGACUGCAUCACCGAGAACAUUUCCGUGUGUCUUUUCUCUGAGCAAAGGCCCGGGAUUGUCACCUUUAUUUAUCCUAUUUAUUAUGUGCCCGAUGAAGAAAGCACAAAACCCUUCUUCCAAAGAGUAUCAAUACUAAUGCUUUUAUGUCAUCUGGAUCAUUGAUGUUUGCCGCGAUCAUCAUCCAGUCUGGCUUAAUGCUCAUGAGCAAUGUGAAUGAGGGCAUCUCUUAUCCAUCAGUCUGUCUGCUCUGUUAUCACCAGUUGACAUUUCUUCUAUCUAAGUUAUAAUUAUUAGAUAUAAUUGUUAGGCUCUUAGAUGUUUGUUUUCUCUUUUCAUUUUUCAUAUUGUUGUUUUAAUAAAAUGC